UUAACUUCCGGGUCAACAGGCGAUGAAAUACAAAUAUUCCAGCUAAUAACGAUGAUUUAUAGUUGUAUGUACAUAAAAUAACUUUCUAUCAAAUUAUCAACUGUUUUGAUCAGAGAUAUUCAAACACACACAAAACAGGCGACGAAUAAACGGAAUAAUUAACAAUUAAUUUGGCUUCAAAGUAAAAGUAUUUCCGGUUCAAGUUAAAAAAAGUUUAAAAGCUGGUCAAGAUAGUUCAUGUACCGUUACAAACUUUUUUUAAUCUCAUAAACCAACAUAAUAGCUGUGUACAUACUCAAUUUAGUUUUAUGAAUCUAAUACAUUAACUAUCUGCAACACACAAACAAUAUUUAAUUAACUAUACAUAUGGACAUUAUGGCAAAAAGGGGGAAACGCCGAGGUGGGUUUAGACGAAGACGGAAGUACAUAGCAGUAAACAUCCCGUGUGCCAACCACCCGCCAAAGUUUGAAACGGUUUGUUUGGGAAGAACUCGGUGAAGAUGGCGGACAGAGAAACUAUGUCAAAAACGAAACACCGACAGAAAAAAUUGGACGUCACUUUUGAGACGUCCAGCACAGAUUCCACUUUCUGUGGAUUCUUCAAAAAGCACCCACAGAAAACGGGAAACGGCUCAAUUGACUCCAGUGUUGUGGAAGAGAGACUGUUCGGCCACGCAGAGGAGGACGUGGACGACGGACCUGUGGUCUUCAUCUGCGGGAAAUGCAAGUUACCUGUGGGGGAUUCACUGUCCUGGGACGGAAGUGAUGAUGGACAAAACCAGAUCCGACUGAAGCGGGUCACUGACAAUGUCAUGGUCGGGCAGGAGAGUCGACUGCAUGGAACAAGGAAAGACUCGUGUCUGAUCAUGGAUCUCGAGUGUACAUCCUGCCAAUCUGUCAUCGGCAUGGUUUACACGUCCACGCCGAGGCAACUGGACCACAAGAGAUUUGCUUUCUAUUUCAAUGUUGCCAGCAUUGACAGCUAUGUUCUUGGCUCGGCAAACCAAAUGUUGGCAGCAGAGGGCCCCGAAGAGCAGCCGGUCACACUGGAGCACAGAGGCAUUGUUGAACAACAGCUAACGGAGAUGAAAAUGCUGGUCCUGUCCAUGGCGCAGAGGCUGGAGGAAAUCGAAGUUGCCACUCAGGAGGAAUGUGACGUGGUGUGACGGUGAUGGAGGUCAGCCUGUAUGGGUGGUUCUCUUACAGGUGUAUUUGUUUAUUUUCUCAUUGCCCCCCCCCCCCCGCAUUUACAUUAAAGCUCCCUCUUAAGUUUUAAUUCAAGGACGCGCCCCUCAGUAACACAUUUCGUCUUCGCCUCACCUUGUACCCACACACACACGGCGCUUUGUUCUGAUUACCGAUGGCGAAACAAAGACUGCCUGCACUUGUAAUCAAUCACGCUGUCAGCUCGGGCCCCAGCGGCUCGUGGCACCGUCGUUUCUUCAUGCCUCAGUGCAGAGCGAGUCUACCACAGCGAGAGCAGAAUGUUUAUUUGGGCAGGAUCUCAUCAGGCGGGCUGCACACUCAGCACUAUAACGGUAUCGAUCGGGACACUCAAGGCCACAAAUGUGUUUCUUUGUCCUCGUUCUUUGUUCGCUCCUCACAUAUGGGUUCUUGGAGGGAGACCGGAUGUUUGCCAUGGUCACACCUGAACAAAAAUCGAAUUCAAUAAAAAUUGUAUUAAUACCCA